GGGAAGGAAAGGGCGGUUAAGGACGACGGUAAUAAUAGGAUGGUGAUUGGGAUGAAGAAGACUUUUUGCCAUUAUACGGGGAAGGCACCGAAGGGUACCAGGAAUAAAGACUGGAUUAUGCACGAGUACCGCGUUGAGGGGCGGCAAUGGGAGGACCUUUUCAAAGUUCGUGGUGAGUAUGUGCUUUGUCGGAUAUUCAUCAAAAAGCAGGCAACAGUUUCAACAUUUUCACAGCCAGAACAGCAGGGCCAUUAUAUUGAUGAUUUUUUAAGUUCUGGACAAUUGGACGCCUAUGGAACAAGGGAACUAGACAAUUGGACUUCUAUGGAACUAGGGAACUUGGCUACAGAGAAUGAUGCUGUGCGGCCUGCCAGUGACCAACAAGAGAGACCAAGUCCUAUUGAAGACGGGUGGGUGCCAUACUUGUCAACACAAAUGGACCACAUAGAUAAUUAUUUAUUGCAGAGCUGCGGUGUGCUUUUGGAAGAAACAUGUGCUAGUAUUGUCAUGAAAAAAGACGACGAUGCACCAGAUCAGUCUAAAAGCUCUGGUUCUUCCACUUUGCUUGCUAGUGCGAAAGGCCAUUUUAAUCUGACUGAUGACUUGCAGGAAGAGGCUACAGAUCAGUGGAAUUUUACAAACAAUUCACCAUUGGACUUCUUGAAAUAUCGUCAUCCAUGCUUGUAUGCUUCUAGCGAGAACAUUUUUGGUAGAGAGGAGGUAUAUGAGAAGGUGAUUCAGAUACUGCUGCAACCAGUUGAUUCAUCCGAACCUAGCAAUGAAUAUAGAUAUAGUAGUUUAAGUCCUGUUUGUAGUAAGAGAGCAAGGAAACAAGAUAUGGGCGUGUUGUCUAUCAUUGGGGAAGCAGGGUUUGGGAAAACACAUCUGACUAAGUUUAUCUACAAUGAUCCAAGAGUUGAUAACUAUUUCCAUUUGAAAAUGUGGAUCCAUAUGUCAGACUUUGAUGUUACUUUAUUGAUUGAAGAGAUAGUGAAAUGUGUCACUGGGUGUAACCAGUCAUUCUUGAACCAAAAUGCUCUUCAAGAAAUUCUGAAGGAGAAUAUCAUGUCGCGCAGAUUUCUAGUCGUACUUGACGGCAUGUGGCCUGAGGCCGAGGAUAUUUUAGAUUGGUCUGAAUGGCAGAAAUUUUGCACGCAACUAAAAUUCGGAAUGGAAGGGAGCAAACUCUUGGUGACUACUAGAUCCCAGAAGGUAGGGGAAUUAGUAGCUACAAUGGGUGCAAUUCUGUUGAAUGGUCUACCGGAUGAUUCAUAUUGGUCAUUUUUUGAUUCACGUGCUUUGGCUCUUGAGUGUGCAAAUGAAGAUAAUGUUUUGGAGAAGGUUAAAGGGAUUGCUGUGAAGUUAAAAGGAUCCCUACUUGCAGCUGAAGUUCUAGGAGGCCUUCUAAGGUCCUAUGCAGUGCAGUACAAUACUAUGGUGGAUCGUAUUCUGCAGUCACUGCAGGAAGAAAACGUCACAUUGGCAGCCCUUCAGUUUGGUUACCAUUGUAUUCCCUCGCAUCUGAAAGUGUGUUUGUUGCUUUGCUCUCUCUUUCCCAAAUCUUACCAUUUUGAUAAAGACCUUUUGGUUGAUAUCUUUACAGUGGUGGCUAACUGUGUUUCACCUGUGGGGAAUCCUGACAAGGAAGAUCUUGGGGCAGAUUAUUUUGUUGAUUUGAUGGCAAGCUGUUUUCUACAGAAAGCUCCACUCUUGCUAGAUCACUUUGUCAUCCAUGAUCUUUUGCAUGAUAUGCUACGAUCAGCUUCAUCAGAAGAAAAUGUCCGAAUAACAAAUGGAAAAUCUGAGAUCCUAAAAACUGUCCAUCAUUUGUCGGUGUGGGCCGAUGAUCUGGAAUUGAGAAACUUAAUGGAACUGGGAAACCAAAAACAAUUGGUUUCCCUUUUAGUACUGAAGAAACUAAAAGUUAAAUUAGAUACUAUUAUUCAUUUUUGGUGCAAUCAUCUUACUAAGCUUCAUUGGUUGAAUCUAAGCGGUUGCGUCAUAACAGUGCUGCCAGAAAACAUUGGUAACCUCAAGUUUCUUCGAUUCCUUGAUGUGUCUUACACUAGAAUUGUGAGUUUGCCUGAUGGAUUGUGUUAUCUUCACAAUCUAAUGAUUCUUAGAGUCUUGGACUGUCCUCUGGAAGCAUUUCCCCCAAGGUUCAAUAAUCUUAUCAACCUGCGGAAACUGUACGCAAGAAGUGCAAUGUUCUCGAAGAUAUUCAAGAUCGGGAAUUUAACUUCUUUAAGGGAUCUGCCACUAUUUGUAGUCAGCGCAAUGCCUGGAUACAGGAUUGAAGAACUGGAAGGGCUAAAGCACCUGCAUGGAAGCUUACACGUUAGAAGUCUUGAGAAUAUUAAAGACACGGGUGAAGCAACUAGAGCUAAACUGAGUGACAAGCAGUACAUUGAUAAGCUAGUUCUAGAAUGGUCUUCAAGAAGAGUGGCCAGUUCGUGCCGCAGAGACUUCGGCCUUGAUGAGGAGGUGCUCGAGGCGCUACAGCCACAUCCCAAUCUUAAGCUAUUGCAACUUACACAUUACUUUGGCAGUACCAUACCUACCUGGUUAACCACAGAUAAGUUACUUUUCCUACGUGGAGUUUGGCUUGAAAAUUGCUGUAAUCUCCUGGAUAUACCUAGUCUUCCUUCAUCUAUUACUGAACUGAAACUUAUCAAUGUGGGACUGCACUCUCUUCCUUUGUUAUGGGAAGAAAGUGAAGAACUUACAGAUUUUGACAGAAUCAAAACUACGAGUAGCAUAAAGAGCACAUUGUUGUCCAGGGUGCACAUAGAAUGCUGUCCAAAUUUAAGUAAUAUUGACGAUUGGCUUCUUCCGCAUCACCUACCAGCUCUCAGGUCCAUACAAGUCAGUGGCUGCUAUGAUCUAUCAUCAGUUCCUGUAGAGAGAUUCAGUGGAUUCACACAUCUUGAGAAGCUGGAGAUAUUUGAUUGCCCGAACCUCGUCGCAUGUUGUCAGAUGAGCCUACCUUCCUCUAUCAAACAGCUUUCUAUUGGUCGGUGUGGCGAUCUGGAUAGAUCAUUUCCGAACUGCCUCUCAAAUGUUACCUCCUUGACUUCAUUAAGCAUGAAAAAUUGCCCGCGUAUCACAUCUCUUCCAUGGAAAAGAUUUCAAGGCUACAAUAGUCUUGAGAAGCUGGAAAUCGUGGAUUGUCCAAACAUUACUGAUUCAGAAAAGUUUGUUUUACCAACCUCAGUCAGAUGCCUUAUACUGAAUUCCUGUGGUGAUUUUGUAAAGUCCCUUCCUGGUUGCCUGGAAAAUCUUACUUCUUUGACUACCUUGGAGAUCCGAAACUGUCCUCACAUAACAGAGCUCCCCUUUCAGAUAUUGCAGCACUUGACAGCACUAAGAUAUUUUACUCUGGAGAACUGUGAUGAAUUGAGAUUGUUGGAGCUGCCAUGUUUCUUGUAUUUGAAGUCCUUUUCCAUCUUAAAUUGUUCUAAACUGAAUGAUCCUGAGAUGAUAGUAUCCGAAGAUGAUGAGGAACAGACAAAUUUCCCGGCACUGGAGUCUCUGUUGGUGGACAAAACAUCUGUAAUCCAACUUCCUUGCUUGUGGAAGCGCUCUCGCUCAAUCCUCAAGUUAGAAAUAAAUGGUUCGUCUGAGGAGCAAAUAUUCACUGGAGACAGAAAGGAAUGGUUUCGAAGUCUGAGCUCACUGCAAGAGUUAUGCAUCCACAAUUGCAUUAACCUUCAGUCCUUGCCUGAAGUGUUGUCAAGCACGCCUUCCCUGAGAAUGCUGCGCAUAUAUGGUUGUCCCAAGUUAACUUACUUAUCUGAAGAUUCGUUGCCACGCUCCCUUAGGUCUUUAGCAUUCAGCAACUGCAAUCCUGUACUGAUGGCGCAGCUGGCAGAUGUCAAAUCAAGGAUGAAAUACAGAGAUUACUCUGACAAUUGAGUUUUUAUAUGGAGCAAUUAGUUGAAAUCCAUUUAUUACUCUGCUGCAGCCCCUGUAAAUGAAUGUUAUUAAACCAUCUCGAUCAUCUUGUAAACUAGUAACCACUUUUUAAUCAAUUUGGUAACUAUCUUGUUGUUUUUUUACUUCAAUGUUUAGCAAGUAAGCGGCAUAUUUACUUCCUUUGUACUUCUCUGUA